AUGUCAUUGACAGAGUCGGCCGCAAUUGACGUUGCUCGUAGCGCAUCGGUUGCUUCUCGCCGCCUCGCAACGCUUCCGAAUUCCGCCCGAAACGACGCUUUGACGGCUCUCCACCAAGCUCUGGAUAAGAAUCGAGCCACUAUACUUGCUGCUAAUGCUAAGGAUGUGGAGGCUGCUACACGCGAUGUCAAGAAUGGCAAUCUGAAUCAAAGCGUUCUCAAAAGACUCGAUCUAUCUCGGCCUGGCAAGUUUGACGAUAUGCUUGACGGGAUCUUGAGCGUGCGGGACCUGGAUGACCCUAUCGGCAAAGUGACGCUACGCACCCUCUUGGAUGAGGGACUGAGUCUUGAGAGAGUCAGUUGCCCGAUUGGAGUCUUGUUGAUCAUAUUCGAGGCCCGCCCAGAGGUAAUCGCGAAUAUUGCUGCUCUGGCCAUCAAGUCUGGCAAUGCUGCUAUCUUGAAAGGCGGAAAGGAGUCGAUGGAAUCCUUCGUGGCUAUUGCCAAGGUCGUUUCUGAAGCCAUUGCUGGCAGCCAAGUGCCAGUCUCAUCGAUCCAGCUUGUCAAAACGAGAGAUGUUGUCUCUUCCCUGCUCGCCCAGGAUUCCUUUAUUGAUUUAGUAAUCCCCCGAGGAUCUAAUGAGCUUGUUCGCUAUGUGAAGGAAAAUACAAAGAUUCCCGUGCUCGGACACGCCGAUGGCCUAUGCUCUGCCUACAUCCAUUCAGAUGCAAAUGCCGAAAUGGCCGUGAAAGUUAUCGUGGAUUCGAAGACAGAUUAUCCCGCCGCGUGUAACUCACUCGAGUCUUUGCUGGUCCACCAGGAUAUUCUUGAAUCUAUUCUCCCCAAAGUUGCUGUGGCACUCAUUGAGAAGGGGGGUCUCUCAAAAGUACAGCCAUCGACCGAAAUCGACUACGACACGGAGUUUUUGGACCUCGUGUUAGCAGUGAAGACCGUCUCGUCAACAGGCGAUCCCGCAUCGGCGGUAGAGGCAGCCAUGGCUCAUAUCAACGUGCACUCAUCCAAACACACGGACAUUAUCUUGACUGAAUCAAAGGAAAUGGCAAUCACAUUCAUGAACGGUAUCGACAGCGCAGGAGUAUUCUGGAAUGCAUCGAGCAGGUUUGCUGAUGGGAUGAGAUACGGGUUCGGCACCGAAGUGGGCAUCAGUACCAACAAAAUCCAUUCCCGGGGUCCAGUUGGACUGGAGGGCUUGACGAUCUACAAAUACUUGAUCCGAGGGAAUGGCCACAGUGCAGGAGAUUACCAUGACGGUCCAGGGGGAAGACAAUACCUUCAUACCAGCCUGUCUAUUGCCGAGUAG